GAGGGGGGGCAGGGGGACGACGGCGGUUGGGAGUAGUCCCGCGCUCGCCCGGCCCCGCCCGCUCGCUAGGGUCCCCACAGAGCCCCUUCCUCAGCCUCAAGUGCGGGCCGAAAGCGCCGAGCCAUUGAAGGGCUGCGAGUGAAGCCGCCCAGCAGACGAGUUAGGAGCAGGGUGAGGGAGGCUGUGGUUCCUCCCAGACCCCGGGGAGGAGUGUCAGGCUGAGACAGCCCAGUGGAGCCCAGCUCGGCGCCCCGCAGCCUCGGACGCGAUGUUCCGCCGGACCUUGAACCGUUUGUGUGCUAGAGAAGAGAAUCGAGUUGGUACACGCACAGUGUUUGUUGGAAAUCAUCCAGUUUCAAGAACAGAAGCUCAUGUUGCACAAAGAUUUUGUGAUAAUAGAAUAGUCUCAUCUAAGUAUACCCUUUGGAACUUCCUCCCAAAGAAUUUAUUUGAACAGUUUAGAAGAAUUGCAAAUUUCUAUUUUCUCAUCAUUUUCCUUGUUCAGGUCACAGUAGACACACCGACUAGCCCAGUUACCAGUGGACUUCCACUUUUUUUUGUUAUAACUGUUACAGCAAUUAAGCAGGGAUAUGAAGAUUGGCUUAGACACAGAGCCGAUAAUGAAGUUAACAAGAGCACUGUAUAUAUUAUUGAAAAUGCAAAACGAGUGAGAAAAGAAAGUGAAAAAAUCAAGGUUGGCGAUGUAGUAGAAGUACAAGCAGAUGAAACCUUUCCUUGUGAUCUUAUUCUUCUAUCAUCUUGCACAACUGAUGGAACCUGUUAUGUAACUACAGCCAGUCUUGAUGGGGAAUCCAAUUGUAAGACACAUUAUGCAGUACGGGAUACCAUUGCACUGUGUACAGCCGAAUCCAUUGAUAACCUCCAAGCAGCAAUUGAAUGUGAGCAGCCUCAGCCUGACCUCUACAAGUUUGUUGGGCGAAUGAGUAUCUAUAGUAAUAGUAUCGAGGCUGUUGCCAGGUCUUUAGGACCUGAAAAUCUCUUGCUGAAAGGAGCUAAACUUAAAAAUACCAAGAAGAUAUAUGGAGUUGCUGUUUACACUGGAAUGGAAACCAAAAUGGCUUUGAACUAUCAAGGGAAAUCACAGAAGCGUUCUGCUGUUGAAAAAUCUAUUAAUGCCUUCUUGAUUGUAUAUUUAAUUAUCUUACUGACCAAAGCUGCAGUAUGCACUACUCUGAAAUAUGUUUGGCAAAGCAGCCCACACAAUGAUGAACCUUGGUAUAACCAAAAGACUCAGAAGGAGAGAGAGACUUUGAAGGUUUUGAAAAUGUUCACUGACUUUUUAUCAUUCAUGGUUCUCUUCAACUUUAUUAUUCCUGUCUCCAUGUACGUCACAGUAGAAAUGCAAAAAUUUUUAGGAUCCUUUUUUAUUUCAUGGGAUAAAGACUUUUUUGAUGAAGAAAUUAAUGAAGGAGCCUUGGUUAACACAUCAGACCUUAAUGAAGAACUUGGUCAGGUGGAUUAUGUAUUCACAGAUAAGACUGGAACACUCACUGAAAAUACCAUGGAAUUCAUUGAAUGCUGCAUAGAUGGGCACAGAUACAAAGACACAACUCAGGAAGUUGAUGGAUUAUCUCAGACUGAUGGACCUUUACCAUGUUUUGAUAAAGCAGAUAAGAACCGAGAAGAGCUCUUUCUACGUGCCUUGUGUUUAUGUCACACUGUAGAAAUAAAAACAAAUGAUGCUGUUGAUGGGACUACAGAAUCAGCUGAAUUAACCUAUAUCUCCUCCUCACCAGAUGAAAUAGCUUUGGUGAAAGGAGCUAAAAAAUUCGGAUUCACGUUUUUGGGAAAUUGGAAUGGACGUAUAAGAGUAGAGAACCAAAGAAAAGAAAUAGAAGAGUAUGAACUUCUCCAUACCUUAAAUUUUGAUUCUGUCCGCCGACGUAUGAGUGUAAUUGUGAAGACUGAAGGAGGAGAUAUACUACUUUUCUGUAAAGGAGCAGAUUCAGCAGUUUUUCCCAGGGUACAAAACCAUGAAAUUGAGUUAAUUAAAGCUCAUGUGGAACAUAAUGCAAUGGAUGGUUACCGGACACUCUGUGUAGCCUUCAAAGAAAUCACUCCAGAUGAUUUUGAAAGAAUUAAUGCACAACUGGUUGAGGCAAAAAUGGCCUUACAAGACAGAGAAGAAAAACUGGAAACAAUUUUUGAUGAUAUUGAGACAAACAUGAAUUUAAUUGGAGCCACUGCUGUAGAAGACAAGCUGCAAGAUCAGGCUGCUGAAACCAUUGAAGCUCUUCAUGCAGCUGGCUUGAAAGUCUGGGUGCUUACUGGGGACAAAAUGGAGACAGCCAGAUCUACAUGUUAUGCCUGCCGCCUUUUCCAAACCAAUACUGAGCUCUUGGAACUAACCACAAAAACCAUUGAAGACAGUGAAAGGAAAGAAGAUAGAUUACAUGAAUUGUUAAUAGAAUAUCGUAAGAAGUUGAUGCAUGAAUUGCCUAGAAGCACUAGAAGCCUUAAAAAAGCUUGGACAGAGCAUCAGGAAUAUGGAUUAAUCAUCGAUGGCUCUACAUUGUCACUCAUACUAAAUUCUAGUCAGGACUCUAGUUCAAACAACUAUAAAAGCAUUUUCCUACAAAUCUGUAUGAAAUGUACUGCAGUACUCUGCUGCCGGAUGGCUCCAUUACAGAAAGCCCAGAUUGUCAGAAUGGUGAAGAAUUUGAAAGGCAGCCCAAUAACAUUGUCAAUAGGUGAUGGUGCCAAUGAUGUCAGUAUGAUCUUGGAAUCCCAUGUGGGAAUAGGUAUUAAAGGAAAAGAAGGUCGUCAAGCAGCCAGAAAUAGUGAUUAUUCUGUUCCAAAGUUUAAACAUUUAAAGAAACUUCUAUUGGCUCAUGGACAUCUAUACUAUGUGAGAAUAGCACAUCUUGUACAGUAUUUCUUCUAUAAGAACCUUUGUUUCAUUUUACCACAGUUUUUGUACCAAUUCUUCUGUGGAUUCUCACAGCAGCCACUUUAUGAUGCUGCUUAUCUUACAAUGUACAAUAUCUGCUUCACAUCUCUGCCCAUUCUGGCGUACAGUCUACUGGAACAGCACAUCAACAUUAAUACUCUGAUCUCAGACCCUCGAUUAUAUAUGAAAAUUUCUGGCAAUGCUAUGUUACAGUUGGGACCCUUCUUAUAUUGGACAUUUCUCGCUGCCUUUGAAGGGACAGUAUUCUUCUUUGGGACUUACUUCCUUUUUCAGACUGCGUCUUUAGAAGACAAUGGGAAGACAUAUGGAAGCUGGACCUUUGGAACCAUUGUCUUUACAGUCUUAGUAUUCACUGUAACUCUGAAGCUUGCCUUGGAUACUCGAUUCUGGACAUGGAUAAAUCACUUUGUGAUUUGGGGUUCUCUAGCCUUUUAUGUAUUUUUCUCAUUCUUCUGGGGAGGAAUUAUUUGGCCUUUUCUGAAACAACAGAGAAUGUAUUUUGUAUUUGCUCAAAUGCUCUCUUCUGUAUCCACAUGGUUGGCCAUAAUUCUUCUAAUAUUUAUCAGCCUUUUUCCUGAGAUUAUCCUGAUAGUGAUAAAGAAUGUAAAGAGAAGAAGUGCCAGGAGAAAUCUGAGCGGUAGAAGGGCAUCUGACUCAUUAUCCUCCAGACCUUCAGUCAGACCACUUCUUUUACGAACAUUCUCAGAUGAAUCUAAUAUAUUGUAACAGAAUUCGAAUCUUGAACUGCCUAUGUUAUUGUCCUACAAACACGUUGACCGUCCUUGCAGCUAAAAAAGAAAGCAUGAAGGAACAACUACAAAAGUUAUCAACUCAGGAUACUUAAUAUGCAACAAAACCACUCUCAUCUCUAGGAUUCAGAAUAAAUGUUCAUUAAAAUACCAAAUAACCCUCCUAAGCAUUUACAGUUAUUGUAAGUAGCCAUUAUGGCCAAAGUUAAGAAUUGUAUGAAAGUUAAAAGUAAGAAUACUUCGAAUUCUGGAUUUAGAUAGACUAACUACCAGAUGGGCACUCUUUUAACCCACUGGCUAUGUGAAUGGAUUUAAAUAUAGUAGUAUAAAAUAGAAGUUAUGCGAUGGGAAUGAACAGAGUUUGCUAAUACAGUAUUACUUUUUUGCCUGGCAGAAGACAUAAGCUCUUUGUAUUGCAUUUCUUGUCCCUGCUGAAUGAUUAUCUUAAUUCUUUUUCAAACACACACAAGGAAUACUUGAAAAUACAGAAGGACUAAGUGAUACUAACAUAUCAGACAAAAUAGUUCAUCUUCUGUUCAACCAUAGGCUAAUUGUCUUGGUAGAACAUCUUUGCCAAAACAUACCUUGAACACUUUGUGUAGAACUGUUAACUCGGUAUUAUUGUGGGAACAGGGGAAAAAAGUUUAUUUUGUAUAUUUUCUUCUGAAUUAAACACUUAUGUAUUUAAGACUACUAGACUUGAACAUAAAACAUUUCAGUUACUUAGUAGUGCCUCAAAAUAAUUAGGCAGUUAAACAGAUAUUUCCAACAUGAAUUUUGCUGGUAUCUGAGGUAAGGUGGAUAAAAGAUUUAUACAAAAUAAAGGCCAUUCUGAAUAUCAGCCUUUUAUAAUUUUAUGUUGAGAAGAGAGGAAGGAUAGCUUAUUUUAAAGUACUAACGGUUUUUCUUUGAAAUAGGUUGUCUUUGUGCCUACAUACAGCACUUUUUUCUUUUAAGUUGCCAAUUUGGGAAGAGGAGAGAUCCAUCCCAAAGCGGUUCAACCUGUAGAGCCAUGACUCUACAAACAUGAAUGUCUCCUAUAGCUAACUGGGCAAGGGAAGUGAUCUAAUUAUAAACUAUGAAAUUGACCUUAAUAAGGUCCUCAACUUGCUGCACUAGAAAGAGGUUUUAGCCCCUAAUGAGUUCACUUAAAACACAAAAGUCAAUGUGAAACGUCUUUAUUCUCUAAAAGGAACAUAUUUGGUAACUAGGCUACAAAGGUCUUUAGAAAAAUAUCUUUCUAUUAAUUUCCAUUUUUGUCUUUUUGACAUGCCUGUACUAUUUAAUGUUUAUAUUAUACCUUGAUUUUGGAAAGUAUUAUAUUCAUUCUAUUCCAAUAUAUUUAUAUAGUCCAUAUGGCACAUUUGAUUCGUGCGUGUGUGUGUAUGUAUGUGUGUAUGCAUAUAUAUAUAUAUAUAUAUAUGCGUAUAUGUAUGUGUAUAUAUUGUGUUAAUGUUUAGGUGUAAUUUUUCUUAAAUUCUUAAAAGGUCAUAAUUUCAGUUACCAGAAACCAUUCCAUAAUUACUUAAUUUAAUUUGUUCUCACCUAUCAGUAUUAUUUUUGAGUAUUUUGUUAGAUGUUAUUCACAACUUGCUUCAGUGUAUUGUAUUGUCAUAGCUUGUGUUUGAGGUGAUCUGCUGAAGGCAAAGUCUUUCUAUUCUUUGCUUAUUCCAAAGAGCUAAAAAAAAAUCUAACCCAGGAAAGCUUUGCUGUUUGUUGUUGUUGGCGGCAUAGUUGUUGCUUUAUGUUAUUGUUUUACAUCAGAACUAUAGGGACUGUGAAUACAGAUAAGAGCCAGAUAGAGAGGCUUGGUUAAUGCAGAACUAUUGAGCAGUUGACACAAUCAGAAUAUCCAAAAUAGUAGAAAUAAAACUGGUUACAUAUAACAAGUGUUACAGCAAGAGAAAGAACUAGAUGAGCAAUAUGGGAAUUUAGAGUCAUAUCUGAGCUACACAUUACACUGUAUACUGCAGCUCCACUCAGAGGAACCUGCCUUUGAAAGGUAUUUUUAUUAAUGGUUUAAAGCAUGUCUAGCGUGGGAUUAGUAGAUAAAAUAACUUGACAUGAGCCAUCCAAUAUUCUAGCACUACAGUCUAACUACUCUUAUGACAGAGGAAGGCAGGAAAUCUAACAGUAGGAUGAUAUUCCUGUAAUUUAAAUAAUUUUGGCGUGUCAAAAUGUCCUUGUUAUUUUCCCAACUGUUGUCUAUUGUUUAAAGAUGUUGCCUCUUAAACUGAAAAUAUUCAUUCCAUAUCUAUAACAUAUACACCAGCAACAGUAUAAAUGUAAGCCUAAAUUUGCAGAUUCAUAACUUAGUGAUGGACUUUUUAAAAUAACAUGCAGUAUAUAAAUGUGCGGAUUUUAUGCAAGUGUUGACAAAAUCAUUUUUCAGCUUGUAAAAUGGAACUGCAAUAUUACAUUUUUCACUUAAGCAAUUUUUUACAUCUACUUUGUUGCUUUCUAAAAUGAACGUGAAUGCCAUCUUUUAUGAAUGCGACUUGCCUUUUUUCAUUACAGAAGUUUUUGUUUAAUGUAAUAAAUAAACUUUGGUAUGAUACAAUUGAA